AUCCCUACCAAAUCCUGGGGCCCACCAGCAGCCGUCUUGCCAAUCCAGGGAGCGGGCAGAUCCAGCUGUGGCAGUUCCUGCUGGAGCUGCUGUCGGACAGCUCCAACGCCAGCUGCAUCACCUGGGAGGGCACCAACGGCGAGUUCAAGAUGACGGACCCUGACGAGGUGGCGCGGCGCUGGGGCGAGAGGAAAAGCAAACCCAACAUGAAUUACGACAAGCUGAGCCGGGCGCUGCGAUACUACUACGACAAGAACAUUAUGACCAAAGUGCAUGGCAAGAGGUAUGCCUACAAAUUUGACUUUCACGGCAUUGCCCAGGCCCUGCAGCCCCACCCCACCGAGUCCUCCAUGUACAAGUACCCGUCAGAUCUGCCCUACAUGCCGUCCUAUCAUGCCCACCAGCAGAAGGUGAACUUUGUGCCCCCACACCCCUCCUCCAUGCCUGUCACAUCAUCCAGUUUCUUUGGAGCGGCCUCCCCCUAUUGGACCUCCCCUGCAGGAAGCAUUUACCCCAACCCCAACGUGCCCCGCCACCCCAACGCCCACGUCACGCCACACUUGGGCAGCUAUUACUAAAUGCUCUCAUCUACCAGUGGCCUUGAGCAGUCUGGUUGGACUUUUUCUUUACUCCUGGGAUUUUUACUGUUUUAGGGGGGACCCUUAAUGGAUAAUUGUGGCCUUUCUGGGGAAGAAUUAAAACUGGAUAUUUGUUAUUCCUGGACCAAACCUUUUACUUUUGUAACUUUGCCUCUUGUGUCUUGAACUGAGAGAUGGAAGCUCCUGUGGGCCAGUACUCUGCAUUUAAUUUGGGGUUUAAGGCUUGUGUCCUCUGUAGGAAG